UUCGCCAACCUGCAGUUCCUGCGAGCACACGGGAUGGAGCUGCUCUUGAGCUGCGGCUCCAAUGCCACCGCCGACGCCGACGGCCGGAGAUGGGUCGGCGACAUGGCCCCCGGACUGAACUUCACCCUGAGCAGCCCGGGGAUCGCCGCUCUCUUGGCCGGGAGCAGCAAUGGCACCCAAGUCUUCGGGCCGGUGUACCGCUCCGCGCGUCUCUUCACCACGGCGGCUUGGUAUGACUUCGCCGUGCUGCCGGGGAACUACUGCGUCAGGCUACAUUUCUUCCCCGCCACGUUCGGGAACUUCAGCGCCAACAGUUCGGUGUUCGAUGUCGUCGCGAAUCAGUUCAAGCUGGUCUCGAAGUUCAACGUGUCGGAGGAGGUUGUUUGGAGGAGCUCCGUGAGCGGUUCUGCCGUCACCGCAGUUGUCAAGGAGUAUUUUCUUGUGGUCGAUACUCAUCAACUGCAGAUCGAGUUUGGUCCGAGCCCUGGGUCAUUCGCCUUUGUGAAUGCCAUCGAGGUGAUGCUCACUCCGGACAACUCCUUCAACGACACGGUGAGCAGAGUUGGUGGUGUAGAUGCUUCUGAAUUAAGCAGCCGAGCUGUUGAGACUAUGUACCGGCUGAAUAUUGGAGGGCCUGCACUUGCGUCUUCACUUGAUCAGUACCUGCAUAGACCAUGGCACACUGAUGAGGCAUUCAUGUUCUCUGCGAAUGCUGCUUUGACCGUGUCCAACACUUCAGGCAUAAGGUAUGUCUCGAGCAAUGACUCCUCGAUUGCUCCCAUUGAUGUCUAUGAGACCGCAAGAAUCAUGAGCAACAACAUGGUUGUGGACAAGCGGUUCAAUGUGACAUGGAGAUUCUUUGUCCACCCCAAUUUUGAUUACUUGGUCCGCCUUCAUUUCUGUGAGCUUGUCUACGACAAGUCCAGCCAGAGGGUUUUCAAGAUCUACAUCAACAACAAGACAGCUGCUGAGAACUACGAUGUGUAUGCUAGGGCCGGGGGUAUCAACAAGGCAUAUCAUGAGGACUACUUCGACAGCUUGCCGCAGCAGGUAGACUCACUUUGGCUUCAGCUAGGCCCAGACUCCAUGACAAGUGCUUCAGGCACUGAUGCGCUUCUCAAUGGUUUGGAGAUUUUCAAGCUCAGCAAAAAUGAUAAGCUUGAUUAUGUGCUUGGUCAUAUUGACAUGGGAAACCAUAGGAGGAAUUCCAAGGGUGGGAAGAGGAUAAGUUUAUGGGAGGAACUUGUUAUUGGCUCGGCCGCUUUUGUGGCGCUGGCAAGUGUUGUUCUGUUCUCAUGGUGCUAUGUAAGAAAGAAACGAAAAGCUGCCCACAAGGAGGUCCCUGCCGGUUGGCAUCCUCUGGUGCUUCAUGAGGCUAUGAAAAGUACUACAGAUGCCCGCGCAUCCACUAAAGCACCCUUGACACGCAAUUCAUCUUCCAUUGGUCAUAGGAUGGGCAGACGAUUCAGCAUCGUUGAUAUUAGGGCUGCCACAAAGAACUUUGACGAGUCAUUGGUCAUUGGUUCUGGAGGUUUUGGCAAGGUUUACAAGGGUGAGGUUGAUGAGGGCAUCACAGUGGCAAUCAAGCGUGCUAAUUCAUUAUGUGGCCAGGGUCUGAAAGAAUUUGAAACAGAGAUUGAGAUGCUCUCCAAGCUCAGGCACCGGCACCUUGUUGCAAUGAUUGGAUAUUGUGAAGAGCAGAAGGAGAUGAUUCUGGUCUAUGAAUACAUGGCCAAGGGGACAUUGCGAAGCCAUCUUUAUGGAAGUGGCCUCCCACCUUUGACAUGGAAGCAACGGAUUGAUGCCUGCAUUGGCGCGGCCCGUGGGCUUCACUACCUUCACACUGGAGCUGACCGAGGUAUAAUUCAUAGGGAUGUAAAGACUACUAACAUCCUGUUGGAUAAGAACUUUGUUGCAAAAAUAGCAGACUUUGGUUUGUCGAAAACUGGGCCAACAUUGGACCAGACCCAUGUUAGUACAGCAAUUAGGGGAAGCUUCGGGUACCUUGAUCCUGAGUACUUCCGAAGGCAGCAAUUGACACAAAAGUCUGAUGUCUAUUCUUUUGGAGUGGUGCUAUUUGAAGUUGCUUGUGCAAGGCCAGUUAUAGACCCCACUGUGCCGAAGGAUCAAAUCAACUUGGCAGAGUGGGCAAUGAGAUGGCAGCGUCAGCGUUCGCUAGAAGCAAUAGUGGAUCCACAGCUGGAUGGUGACUACUCGCCAGAAUCGUUGAAGAAGUUUGGUGAUAUUGCGGAGAAGUGUCUUGCUGAUGAUGGGAGAACUAGGCCAUCAAUGGGUGAGGUCUUGUGGCACCUGGAGUAUGUGCUGCAGCUCCAUGAAGCUUACAAACGCAAUCUGGACUGUGAGUCAUUUGGAAGCAGUGAACUGGGAUUUGCCGAUAUGUCUUUUAGCAUGCCUCACAUCAGAGAGGGAGAAGAGGAGCAUCACUCGAAGCAAUCAGGCAUCAGAGAAGAUUCAGCCCCCUGAGGUUUCUGACAUGUGGUAACCCACUGAACUAUCUCGAUUGAAUAACUGUGGUCUUGAUGUAAAAUUGUGAUAUAUUCUUCACUUAGAUUCUUCUUAUUCUUUUGGGUGUUGUCCUGCUCGACAAGUGUAGAAUAAUAGGAUUUUGUAGAUUACCAAAAAAAAGGAACUUGGAAGCGUCAAGUUUUUCCUUGACACCCUGCUCUAUCAUGCCAUUUGUUUAAC